GGACGUGUAAAAUCACGCUCUGUGGGGAAUUCUGAAAAACCAGAGUCGCUAAUCAACAAACAUCAACGAUGAAAAUUCUUUUAGUACUCGGUCUGGCAUUGGCGGUUGCAGGGGAUGACUGCUUUGAGCCAAUGACUGUUUUCCCUCAUGGCGAGGUGACUUGCACUUCUUACGAUGGCGCUGUUGGGUCCUCGUGUGAGUUCAGAUGUACAGAUCCUAAAUACGAACUUGUGCGUCCUAUGAGUGCAAUGAUUACAUGCUUGCCAAGUGGAGAAUGGGACAAGAAAUUUCCAUGCUGUCAAAAGUGCAGGAAAGUCGCUGAUAUUGUGAUUGUUGUCGACUCCUCUGGAUCAAUCUCGAGAACCGACUACGGAAAAAUGAAGCACUUCAUAUCAAACGUUAUUGGGUUAGUUCGUUAUGAUAAUUUUCUCAUAAGACGCUUUCUCCGCUUCGAACAAGACCCUUGA